AUGUGGUUCCUCCUAUCAACAUUCUUGCUUGUCGCAGCUAUAGCUGCAGAGGAGGAAUCGAAGACACCCCCAUACUUUUUUCUCAUUGAUGGAUCAGAUCAGCUGUGCUUGUCUGGAGAAGAGUUCAAACGAUGCUCAAUCGAUAGUCUGUUCUACGUCGUUGGAUCUCCAGGAACAUAUGAGAUCCAUAAACGACCAAUAGAUGGAGUGUUGGAUGAGGAGGAGGAUGGCACAUGCCUUGCAGUCAAAACUUGCGCAGAAGCUGACCUUAACAAACGAUCAGAGGCCAAGCUUGCAAAGUGCUCUUACUGCGGUUCCAAAGAUUGGAAUAUUGUAGGUGACACUGACACUGGAUAUAUCUUAACUCAUAACGACGGCAAGACGUGUUUGGUGCGAGAGUCUGGAGGAACUGCAGCUAUGACAGGACCUUGUGAUGUGAAAAACGCAACUGCGUACACACCACUCAAAUUACAGUUUGCUUCUGCAGCGGACAUCAAAACAAUGAGUUCUCAUGGCGCUCGAUUGAUUGGAGCUGCGAGUGAUGGAGAUAAGGGGGCAAUCGAGUCGAUGCUCAAGGAUGGAGUUGAUGUGAACGUCCGUGAUUGGGAUGACCUAACUGCGCUCAUUCCAGCAGCAUCUUCUGGACAGCUAGAUAUUUGCAAAAUCCUUGUUGGUGCAGGAAUAGAUGUCAAUGCGAAAGAUAAAGAUGGAAUCACGGCACUAAUGGAAGCCAGUAUCAUGGGCCAUACUCACGUGGUCAAAUAUUUGAUCGAAAGUGGGGCAAAUGUGGAGGAAGCAGCUGCAUCCGAGGUGACGGCAUUGUGGUUGUCAGCCAGCGAAGGUCGUGUCGACGUUAUGAAAGAGCUGCUAGAGAAUAGCGCUGAUGCAUCGAACACACGGGUGGACGGGAUCUCAGCUUUGAUGACUGCAUCUGUGGGGGGGCACGUGGACGCCGUGCAGCUGUUGCUUGAACAUGGCGCCGAUCCUAUUCAUACGGAUCGUGAUGGCCUUACCCCUUUGAUGAAUGCCGCUGAGAACGGAUCAGUGGAGAUUAUGAAGUCUUUGAUCGACCGUGUUGAUGAUCAAUCAUAUGUGAAUAUGAUGUCUAAUACGGGGUUCAGCGCUCUCAUCAUUGCGUCAGCGCACGGGCAUUUGGAGGCGGUUGAAUAUCUAAUCGCUUCCGGAAGUGAAAUUGAUGCAGUAUACAGCAAUGGAGUUACAGCUCUCAUGUACGCGGCCGCAUCAGGUCAUGCAUCGGUGAUGGAGGCGCUGAUUGGCCAUGGGAAAGCAAGUCUGGAUUUGAAGCACACGAAUGGAGGAACUGCUCUCCUUGAAGCAGCUUCUAGCGGGAUGGUCGAGGCAAUCAAAGUCCUUGUAGCGAAUGGAGCCGAAGUUGAUUUUGUCGAUGACGAUGGGGUUACCCCAUUGAUGGCAAUUGCUUCACAAGGAAACGCAGAGGCUCAAUCAACAAUCUUGGAAGCGCUCAAGAAGUCAAAAUCAUCACAGGAUCUGGUAGGCCACAUUAACCUAUUGUCACAUUCUGGUGGUUCAUCGGUCAUGUUUGCUGCUGCCGGAGGACAUGUAGCUUGCGCCGAAGAAUUGAUCAAAAGUGGAGCAGAUGUGGUCGCAAUUGCGCGCGCGCAACCUGGUUACGAGGAGAAGCUAGCAAAGAUGAUUGAAGAAGGUCAAGUUCAAGAAGAGGAACCUCAUGUAGAUGGAGUUACUGCGCUUCAUGUGGCAUCCCAAGGCGGCUACAUUGACAUGGUGAACACGCUACUAGAAGCGGGGGCGGAUGUCUCCCAUCUUGACGAUUCGAAAAGAUCUGCACUUGUUAUGGCUGUGCAGGGAAACCAUGGCGAAGUUGCAAGCAUUCUAGUCACUGCAGGUUCUGAUCCAAACACAGCCUAUACAGACGACGAUGGUGUCGUACAUAACCUGCUUUUCGAUGCCAUUGUUGUUGAGCAUGAGGAGUUUGCGACGCUUCUGAUCCAGCAUGGGUGUAACAUAUACCAUAAGGACGACAAGAACGUCAAUACCCUCCUUCAAGCAAGCCAUCGGGGGUUGCAUCGCGUAGUCGAAGCUCUCCUUGAAAAGCAUGGAAAAGCCGACACUCCAUUUAUAGAUGAUGCAAGUGAUGACGGUAUAACUCCACUCAUCGCAGCAUCCUCUGAGGGUCAUGGAGAUUGCGUCCAGCUGUUGAUAGCCGCAGGCGCAAGUCUCGAUAUGAAGGAUACGGAUGGGACCAACUCUUUGAUGGCUGCUGCAGCUCGUGGACAUUUGGACGUUGUGUCCAAGCUUCUAGCGGCAGGUGCAAAGAUCAACGAGCAAAAUGUUGACGGCCAUACCGCACUCAUGUUCGCCUACAAUGGAAAGAAUCAAGUUGAAACCUUAUGGGAAAGAUACAAUCAAUUUGUCUCCGAAUCUCAAGCCGACGAAGAAAACAAGGAUAAUGUUGAUGACAACGGUACCGGAAAAACCAUCCGCGAAGCUUUGGAUAGUCAUUCGUCUCUCGUACAACUUCUCUUAAAGAAUGGUGCCGAUGCUUCAUUGAAGGACAAAGAGGGUCAUGUCGCCAAGGACUUUGAUUUCCAUCCCGACAUUGACGGUGAAAUCCUAGACAAGGAAUCCAAAGCUGAAGAAGUUCGGGACAAGAGUGAACAUGAAUUGUAG